UGCAAGUUUCGCGGCGCAAGGUGUAAGCAUGGGCUUGUCGGACCUGGAGACGAUACCCGAAACGGGCGCUGUGUUUACGAUUGGUCGCAGCCGCUUUGCAGACAACAUUGCAUCGCAUUUUUUCAUCCGCAGAGAUCCAGUGGUGUUCAUCACGUGUGGAGACGAACAUUCUGCAGUCAUUUGUCAAACUGGCAGGCUAUUCGUCUUCGGAAGCAACGAUUGGGGUCAACUGGGUCUUGGUCAUAAGAAUCACAUUAGCAAACCAUCUUGCGUGAAAAUUCUGAAGCCACAAAAGGUCACGCACGUCGCAUGUGGGCGAGCGCACACUCUAAUUUGUACAGGGGCACAAAAGCUUUUUACCUGCGGCAGUGACCAGGAAGGUCAACUAGGUCGAGGAACUUCUGCAAUAGGCGAUUAUGCUAGUUCUCCAGUAUUGGUGUACGAUUCAGGAUUGGCUGGAGCCAAGAUAGUUCAAGUGGCGGCUGGUUCCUAUCACUCGCUUGCCCUCACCGACGAUGGCGUUGUCUUGGCGUGGGGUAGCAACCUCGAGGGCCAACUGGGCCUGCCCGACAUUUCCGGUUUGGUUAAUAAACCAACGAAAGUACACAUCACCGAACCUGUGAAACAAAUUAGCGCCGGUUAUUACCAUUCUGCUUUCCUGACAGAAAGCGGUCUGGUUUAUGUCUGCGGCGAGUCGGAAAGUGGAAAGUUGGGAAUCGAUGCGAAAUUUUCUAGUCAAGCUGCGCCUAAACAGAUGCAACUACCUUGUCCCGCCAUGCAUGUAGCAUGCGGUGGUCAUCAUACUCUCAUACUGGCCGAGAAUGGAAAUUUGUAUUGCACUGGAAAUAAUUCGAGCGGCCAACUCGGUCUUGGAAUAAACGUUACGGAACUCUUCACGCCAAAGCUUCUUCCGCGCGGUGCGCUGCAAAACGAAACAAUUACUCGGAUUGCUUGCGGAGAAAGUCAUACUGCCAUUGUAACUGAGUCUGGAAAACUUUUCACGUGUGGCGAUGGAAGACACGGGAAAUUGGGUUUGGAAGAGAACGAGAACAAUGUUCACGAAUUAACUUUUGCUCCAAGAUACAAGGAAGUGUUUGUCACGAACGUUGCGUGUGGUGGCUGUCAUACAAUUUUGGUUGCUCAACGACGCGAAUCGAAUAAUCUGACUCAACGAGAAAUGGAAGCUACUCAAACUGAUCAUAUUCAGAAGAGAAGUUCUUUGCCACCGUUAAAACUUCCUGUAAGUAGGAUGCAAAGUGAAGUUCACGACGAGAAGAUAGACGAAACGGAAAAGGAGCAGUCAAAUCAAGAAGAAAUCACCGAAGAAACGUCUACCACUUCAGCAACGAUAGAAACACCCUUGGAAAGUGUUAGAGAAGACACAGAAGAUAAUCGAGAAAGUAUCAUGAACGGUGUUCCUGAUUCGAUGAACAAUAUCGAAAAAAUUGAUAGUCCUAAGAAAUCUCCCGAAGCUUCGCCUGCAAAAACACCGUUGGAAGUAACGUCGAACAUGUCAAACCAAAUGGAAGUUAAAUCAAAGGAUAUACCAGAAGAGUCCAAAGAGUCCAAUGCACAGAAUGGAAACGCGGAAAUAGAAAAUGACAACGAAACGCGAGAAACGGAAGUGGACGCAGAGAACAACGUCGAAGAAACGAAGAAAUCUGAAACUACGAACAGCGAAGAAAAUAAUAAUAAAAACGACAACGAAACUAACGAAGAAGCAAAGAAAAGUAAUAAGGAGAAUGUUCAACUCGAGAACGAAGAAAAUAAUACUACCGACGUUAAAGACAAUGAGAAUGAUAGAUCGAAAUCGAUGGACAAGAUGGAGUCACCUAAGAAUAUCAAGGAAGAGACGAGUCCAGAGAAACAAGCGUCCAUUCCCGAUUCCACGCCACCACCGAAACCACCGAGACUAAAGUCUGGAAAUGGCAACGAUUCGUCUGCGGAAAGAUCAUCGUCGAUCGAACAGGAAGAUGAAAAUAUCGUUGUAAAUGCGACGGAAGUUGAAACUGUGGCUGAAAAACCGGAAAUUACCAACGUCAUUGAGUCAACGCAGAAACGUGAAUCAAGCUCGAGGAAAUCUUCGACGAAAACUGGAAGUUCUAGGUCGUCAAGGUCGAGAGUGAACACCGAGGAAACGAUAGAAAUCGACAAGCAAAAUGACAAAGAGAAAAUCAUCGAAGAGGAAAAAAUGAUGAACGACAAUGUGCAGGAUGACGCUGAUGUUGUGCAAUCACCAGCGCCGAGAACUGGAAAAAUGUCAAAGAUGUUUAAGUCGAGACGACAACAAACUGUGGAGAACGGCACAAAGACGACUGGUACUGUAAAUCAUAAAUCCAAGUCGAAAACGUGCAACAUCCUGUGAUCGAAAAAUGGCCGACGAUGUAUUAUACUUCGUUACAUUUUUUUACAAUACGUUUACGAUAAGUAUAUAAUCGGGACCAACGCA